UGUGCGAUAACAAUCAAGUUUUAAUUUUCUGUUUUUGUGGCAUAAACUAAUAUCAAACAGGCAUUGUUAUUUUGAUAUUAAUAGUAAAAUAUGUCACCAUGGACCGCGAACAAAAAUGGAAAAAAUGCAGUGACCACGGUGACUCAACCGAUCAGGGCAUCCCCGUCACGCACGCAUGCGCAAAGCUGCCCUUACCUUUAAUGGCAAAUAUAAACAUUUUGUCCUAAAGUGGUUGAUUAAAAUACGUUGAUAGAUAAAUAAGAAAUAGUCUUACAGGAUUCUAGAAGAAAAACAUGGCAUGUCGAAAGCUUCCGCCAGAGGCGCAGAAAAUAUUUGAUAAAUAUUGUCACAACUUUGUCAUGAGACUGAAACGAGAGGAUGCCAUUAGGAUGUUUACCUCCGACUUCAAUCUGAAUGAAAAACAGGCAGAAACUAUGUUUGAAAUCUACGAUAUCGACAAGAACGGACAACUUAGUCAGUGGGAGUUCAAACAGUUUUACACCAAUCUGGGAGAGCAUGCUCCUGAACUAUUCCAGACAUUUGAAAAACUAAAGUCUGAGGACGCUGGUUUAGAUUUUGAAAAAACCUGGGAUAUAUUAAAAACAGUAAAAAACACGAACGGCAAUCUCACUGAGGACGCCGAGUUGGAAGUGUUCAUCAAAGCUGCGGCCGGUGAGGAGAAAAAGAUGGACUUCGGAAAAUUUAUGAAUGUAUUCUGCAGGAUUAAGCAAAGUAGAGCUUGAUCAUUUGAGAAAAUUCGGGUUACAGCAAUACAUUCAACUGUGUGAAAAAUAAUCACGAUGGCUUUAUAGUGCUAAGAUUUAAAGAUAGAAAAAUUGUAAUUUAUUUAUAGUUUAUUUAGUUAUCUUAUAUUUCUUUUUUGGG